UGGUGACCCCGAGAGUAAACCAAUAUUUCCAUUUUAAGAAAAUCGUAACCAUAGAAUUGUUCCUGGAAAAACAGACAUAGCUUACCAGAAAUGAAUCUCAGUUUUAUCUUAUGUAGCACAGAAACCUACAUAUCACUUAUAAAAGUAGGGUCGUUCGGGACUUUAAUUUGUUUAAACCAGUUACCAUGGUAACAGCCAGUUUUGAACUUGAUGGUAGAUGUUCACUUAUCAUACUUAGUUAGAUGAGCUGCACCUUUUACAUUCGUCUAUCACAUAAUAUUCUUCUACUGAUUUUUUCCCAGUCUUCACAGUGAUAAACUGUACUAAACGAUGCUUGAAUCGAAAGUUUGCGUUAGCGUGUUUCCAAUCCAUGAUUUUACUUUAGUUGGUUGGAAAUGACUUCUCAACAUCAUACAUUGUAAGUCUACGUUGAUGGUAAGUGAAUACCUGAUUACUUAAGCUAGAGCAAGACAACUACUUGAGAUAACCACAAGCCCACCAGUACCUAAUGAUAAGCAGCUGGGUUGAUGUGACCUUAAAACAUUCAGGUCAGAUUGAUGUUGCAACAUUGAGGUCGGAGAAAGGUCAGACGGAAUAUUUCAUUUGUAGACUGAGGGGUGGUAUUUUACUUGAUAGCAUCAGAAGAGAAUAAAAGACUUACAGAGAAAUAAAUUCUACGUGUAACAGUUCUAACGUUAUAGCAAUAGUCCAUGCACCUGAACUAUCUUACUUUUUUAAGAGAGCGCAUAUAUUACAAGGUUUGAAUAACAUUCCGUCCCCACUGUGUUAAUAGACUGGUUCGUAAAGAACUCAACUGAAUGCAAAAAUGGAAGAUUGUUCUUUUUCUGGUAUCACCAAUUCGGCCUGCGGGCCUGACCCUGACAGUGGUGUCCACAUUCUAUAUCCCCUCCAUCUUUGUACCAAAGACAUCUCGGGACAUUUGCGUUAUCUGGACAUGCCACACGAUGGACUUGCAGAUGAAGUUGAUUUGAUCCUUGCGCGAUCAGGUACGUUCAACAGGCCUGAACAAGACAAGCUUGUCAACAUGACGAUAUGCGUGAAGCACAGGAGAAAACUUGGACUGCACUGGGUUUACGGUAGUAGGUUCUGCACUGUUCCUGAGGUUAUGUCUGGCCACAAAUCCUCUCAGCGAAAGAGGAGCCGAGGAAUGGGAAAAGAAGCCUCAAGAACGGUAUUUCAAUCGACCGGAAUGCUGAUUCAGGUUGGAAAUUGUACGUAUAAAGUUCCUCUUUACAAAUUCUUUUAACUUACAUUAUAAUAUGUAUUCUCAUUUUGUUUUCUAUGUCCUUGAUAUGACUUUAUUAAACAGUACAUGGAAUGUCAUAACUUGAAAGUUCAUCUGUGUCAAGUAUAUGAAAUGAAGGAUUGUUUGUUUAAGGUUGAUAAUUUGGGGGUUUACGGAAAAGGCUUGCCUGUCUAACUGGCUUGUCUACCUGGGCUGGCUAUCACGUCUUUCCAUCUGUCAUUUUAUUCCAUUAUGGAAAGGCAUGAUACCUUCGCAAGUUCUUGGUUAUCUGGGUUAUUUAUGUUCACAAUAGUUUAUUAUGUUAAUGAAUAUUAUAUUAUAAUUGCAGCUAUCUGCAUGCGGUGUAGAAGCUUGUUUGCUGUGAAGGGAAAUAAAGAACGUGCAGAGACUGAUUCCAACCUGAAGGAUGACCAACCGACAAGACCAAGACGUAAAGCUCGUGCACCCCACCGUGUUGAUGUUGUUCCUGAGAGUCCAUUAGUAGAGGAGACGUUGUCACAAAGUUUUGCCAGACUUAGUGUUUACAUACCUGAAAGCUCACAUGAGAGUUCACAAUCACAAGAUUCUGAAAACAAUGCUCCUGACAACAAAGAAAGCCUCCCUCUUCUCAACACGUUUCUUCAAAGUCGUGAUGUCAGCCCUGUUCGAUCUUUGAAAAAAUCAUGGUCAGAAAGUUCUGAUCGCAGCAAAAGAAGACACGUACAAAAGGCAAAGGAGUCUGUAGUAGCAGUCUUGAACACCAUUGCACCAAGGGAUUCAGGCAGUCUGUGGAAGGACUUGCGAGAUUCUGGAGCAAUAGACAAAGCAGUUGGUGCACAUGCAGAGGAGGGAACAGUUGAUGGUGACCUACUUCAGGCAAUGACAGAAUGCUACAACCAUGCUGACAGCUGGGCUGUAAGAAGACAAAUCUUGUCUAUAAUGGCAGACAAAGUGCAGCUGAAACAGUUGCAAAUGUUCAUUCCUGGCCUUACACGUUUCAGAUACAUGCUUGCCAGGCAUCACCAAAUCCUUCAUGGUAGAGGAACACCUGUCCCUACAACUAUCAGCAGACGAAUGAAGGUUGACCCAGCCAAAUUGGACCAUUUUCUUUCCUUCAUUACUAGUCCACACAUCCUACAAGACAUGCCUUUUGGAGAGAGGACACUGAAGAUGAGCAAUGGACAAGAAAUAAAGAUGCCAAAUGUGAUCCGAUUGAUGAUACCGUCAAGAAUCAUUGCCCAGUACAACCAGUACUGCAUGGAAAGCGGAUUUGUCCCCAUGGGAGAGCGAAGCCUUAGUAGGAUACUAAGCACAUGUGCAGCCUCUACCAGAAAGUCUCUGCAGGGCUUAGACUAUUUCACGUCUGAAGGAGGUAGGGCAUUUGAAGAACUGGAGAAUGUGGUCGACACACUCGUUGAUAGUGGCAUGUCAUCAAGUUGGGGCAAAGAACAGAAAGAAAGACUCAGAGCAUCAAAACGCUACCUGAAGGGAGAUUACAAGGUGCAUGUGUCUGGAGAGUCCCCUGUACCAGACCACUGUCGUGUGUACGCGUUGAGUGAUGAUACUGAUGAAGCGUUUCAAGGAUCAUGCAAUCAUGACCAUGACAAGUUGUGUGGACCAUGUGAAGAUUACAAAGUAGUCAUUUCUGCCAUUAAUGAUGCAGUAGCAACAUGCCAAUUCACAAGUGAUGAAGACAAGGAUGAGGUAGAGUUUGUUGUGAACAAAGCAACAGAAGCCAUCCAAUCAUGGAAAGCACAUCAACUCAGGACAGUAAAUCAAGAUGAAGCGAGGCUUGAUGUGAUUGCAGAGCUUAAUGAACAAAAGGUUCUAAUAACCCAGGACUGGGCGAUGAAGUUCAUUCCUCAGAAAUAUCGAGAGAGCCAAAUGGAUUGGUUCGGUAAGCGCGGAAUAUCCUGGCACAUUGCUGUGGCACAGCGUUACUGCAAUGGCAUGUUCGAAACUAAGACUUUUGUUCACAUUUUUGACUCUUGUAACCAAGAUACAUGCGCAGUAUCCGCAAUCUUGUCAGAUGUCCUUAUGACAUUGAAGCACCAACAUCCAGAGAUCAACAAAGUAUACCUGCGGCAGGAUAAUGCCGGGUGUUACCAUUGUGGUAACACAAUUGCUGCUGCUCACCUGCUUGCACAAACUGGAAUCUCAAUCGAAAGGGUUGAUUUUUCAGAUCCGCAAGGGGGGAAAGGACCUUGCGACAGGAAGGCGGCAACAGUCAAGUCUAACAUGAGAAUAUAUAUGAAUGAAGGACAUGACCUGACAACUGCAUCUGAAAUGAUGCAAGCCAUGUCUGCAACAUCUGUUGCUGCAGACAUAACUGUGUCAAACUUGCCAAAAGCCAAAGCCAGUGUCAAAUUUGAUGGCAUCAGUCUCCUACACAACUUUCAACUCACUACAAGUGGUGUACGGGUGUGGCAAGCCUACAAUAUUGGCCCAGGAAAGUUCUUUCCGUGGUCAAAAUUCAAAGGGACACCCGUUGUUCCUCCUUUGAAUGUGCUAGAAAGACAUACUGACGACUUCAGGCAAGCCCACGUGCACAGUUCUGCCCAGGUCCUCAAGUCAGAUGAGUCCGACGAGUCGUCUCCUGCAUCGAGCACAGAAGAAGACUCCCCUGGUGCUUCUGAAAGUGCCAAACAACCACGAGUGAAGCUUUUCUGCUGUCCUGAAGAGGGAUGCAUAAAAUCAUAUCAGCGUUUUUCAUCCUUACAAAAGCACCUUGACAUUGGUCCACACGUCAGAAUGAUUGAAAGGGAAACCUUGAUGGAUGAGGCCAUCUUAGGUUAUGCAGAAAAGGUAGAUGCAGGGAUUUCUUCUGUGCCACAGUUGAUUCACUCAGAGGAUGAAACUGCUGUUACCCAUGAAGCAGCAUUGGCUGCUCUACCAAUGGGUUGGGCAUUGAAAGGCGCCAAGAGGAUGAGGGCCAGGUUUAGUGAAAAACAGCGGAAGUACCUGGAAGAUAAGUUUGACAUUGGCCAAGCAACAGGUAGAAAGUGCGACCCAACUCAAGUGGCCAAAGACAUGAGAAGAGCAAAAGAUAGUAAGGGCAGACGGAUGUUUACAUCCUCUGAGUUCCUGACAUCAACACAGGUGUCCAGUUUCUUUUCAAGACUUGCUGCCAGGAGAAAAUGCCAAGGAAUUCCUGAGAAAGUUCAGGAAGAGGGGGAAGAGGAGCUGUAUGAGGAGGACUUGACACAUGAGAUGCACGUUGCACAAGAGUCCCUCUUUGCCACUGUUAUUAGAGAACUUGGUCUGACGCAUCCAGUACUUUUUGACACAUACAACCUUUGUGAUCUGUAUGCCAAGCAUAAGUUGGCCACACUUGGAUUGCCUUUAUUACAGAUGAUCUGUGACAGUUUUGGUUUAGACACUCAACAUAUCACUCUUCGGCGAAAAGCACCGUACAUAACAAAAUUAGAACAGCUUGUCGAGACUUGCAGCUGUAGAGUAGAACGCACAUAAAACACUCAUCAGCAGGUAGCAUUAUUCACAAUUGUAAUUAGUACUGCAAAAUUGUAUCAUAAGUCUGUAAUCCAUGUUCCACAAUUGCAAAUUGCAUUUUCUCAUAAUCAACAAUACUUGUAUUGUUUAUGAUUAUACUAGAUAUUGCUCGGAUUAUUUUCAUUAUGAUCAUUGUAAAAUUGUAGUAGUACAUGUAUUCACUUUGUUUUGUAUCAGUUGGAGUUGCAAGUUUGAAUAGUCUAUUGUGGGCAAAACUACAUUGCGUAGCAUUUACAAGUAGGUGAAAAUAUCGCCGGUUUGAAUAAAUGGUCGUUGUCAUGGCAACAAGUUAUCAACUGUUAAGGAAAAUAAUUUUAUAAGCGACAGGUAUGCUCGUGCUGUAUGAAAUAAUGAUAGAAAAGUUCAUGUUACAUCAAUAGUCAAGCUAUGCAUGUUUUUUCCACAUAUAGUUCAGUGCCUGCCAUCUGUAUAUAAUGCAAAUAUUAGUUUAUUCUCGGGGUCACCACGGUCCGCUCGUAAGGAGUGCCAAACUUUUUUUUACAUAUGAUGUAUACAAAGGUACAACCUAUAACUGUGCCAAAAAUCAAGGAAAUCGAUUUGCCUGUAAAUGAGCAAAUGGCCACUAAAAAUGGUCAAAAAAGGGCUUUUUGGAAAUUUUGGAAAUUUACGAAAACACGCCAUCUUUAAACAUCUGCUGCACCUCACUACAAAAACAUUUGGAGCAUACCUUUAUAUCAUUUCUUUUAUUAGAAUAUGGGUAAUAACAUAUGCGGGAAUCAAUAGAAUAACUGUUAAUUUGUGGGGGUUACAGGAGUCCAAAGAUGGUCUAUUUUGGACAAGACUAAGGCCUUCCCUUGGUGAAAAUCCGCCAUUUUGAAAAAUGGCCGUUGCCAUGGCGACCAGUGACCACAGAUCCAAAAC